AUGGAUGAUCAUGCUGAGGUCAAAAUUCUAGAUACAAUAAGUGAGAUUAUCCAUUUGACUCCCUCCACCCUCAGCGCCACUGUUUCACCAAUGGACUAUGAUGCGUUUUCUGCUGAUUGCAUUGAAGACACCUACGAAGAUGACGACCGCAUUAGCUCCACCGAAAGUGUAACUUCAUCUGCACGAUCAAUAUCAGGUUUGUCUUCGACGAACACCACGCGAUCUUUAAGCUCUUUUGGUAAUUCUCCAAGAAAUUUAGCCUCGUGCUCGUUGUCAAGUGAUUUGGAGCUGAUCAAUAUAGCUUGUGCUGCUCUUAGACAAAUACCAUCUAAAAUCCAAGCCUUGAGUCUGAGCACAAAGUUGGGAAUUUAUCGUCGUCCGCUCAAAAGUCUAAAAGCCUUGUCAGAACUGGUAAAUCUUACUCAGCUUGAUUUAUCAGGAAAUGCUGUUGAACGGUUGGAAGGAAUUCAGCUCCUAACGCAAAUGCAGAUUCUUACAAUGCCGCGCAACAAUAUAAAGACAUUGUCAGCUUCUCUUUUUACUCUAAAUCGACUGAUUAAUUUGGAUCUAUCGGGAAAUUUUAUUGUUCAUUUACCACGAGCUUUUUCGGGUCUAACGGUGUUAAAAGAGCUGAAUAUUUCAGGAAACAAUUUGAGCGAUCUACGCGAAGUGGACGUCUUGGCCCCACUUGGGAAUUUGCUUUCCUGCAACCUCGCCGCCAACCCAUUUUGCCGUCAGCCUACAUAUAAAGAUUACAUUAUAUUUAAGAUACGAUUCUUAGAGCGGCUAGAUGAGGCAGAAGUUUCUCAGGCAGCUCGGGAUCGAGCAGCAAAACGAUUUCGCAACGCGACGUAUUCAAGAAAUCCUUCUUUGCGUGAAGCAGAACAACAUUAUGAAAAUGAACAUACUUGCCUUCUUGAAACGCAAAGUGUAUUGGAAGCUGAAAACCUUCGGUUAAAAGGCGAGUUGCAAGUCAAGUCGAAGCUACUACAGAAUAAAUCGCGUGCAUGGUCCAGUGCGACCGAACAAUUGUUACAGCUGCAGCAAGAAGUGGCCAUGCUCAAUCUCGACCGUAAUCAAAAUGCAUUGCCUUAUCAAGACGAGAUGUGUGAUCCAGAGCAACUUACGAUGGCAAUUUCAUCCACUCAUACAAAAAGCUUUUCGAAUCAGCAGCGACCACGAUCUGCCCUACGAUUUCCAUCCUCAAAGCAAAGGGCCAAAAAGAGACGGGAUUCUCUCACAGAGAACGACUUGAACUUUUUUAGACACAACGACGAUGAAGGAAAAAAGCACCAUGUUAUGUUCACAGGUGCCAGAGAAAUGACGAAGAGAAGCCAUGCCAAGACGUUUGCGGAUGCGUCUUGUUCCCCGGUGCGUACGAUUCCACCAGUACUUAUAACAAAGCUUUCGAAUGAAUUAAAUGAAGUGAAUCUAUUUGAUGAGAAAAGAGAUUUAUCAGAGCACAAAGACAAGAAGUUGUUGCAAUUAGUCAAGCUGGAGCAUGAAGAGAUGACUUUUUUCAAAGCAUUUGAUGACAUUUCUCAGGAACAUUGUAAACGUGCUGAUACUAUAAACAUAAUUGAUAAAAACGCUCAGAAAAUUGAUUCAAACGUCGACAGCGAAGACAUUGUACCCGUGGAUUUUGUUUUAAAGAAAGAGGAGUCUUUUUCGAUUCACGACGUGAGUUUCAGUCGGAUAGCCAGCCAAUUUACUUUUGAAGACGACCUUGUCUGCCCAGCGUGCGAGGAUACCUAUUUGCCAGCUUUGAAUCCACGCUCUUUGUCUGCCAGUACUCUUAGCAGCAAAAGUGAAGAUGCUCCUGUCGUGUACGCCUCUGAUUCUCAUUUACUUUCACCAUCUCGGACGAAAAUAUCUUUUAAGACAAGGAAAUGCUACCGUAAGCAAGAGGAGUCAUGUUUUUCAACAUUGCCGCCGUCACCAACUCUAGCGAAAAAGGGAGCUCGUCCACGAAAGAUGGAAGUGUUUUCUCUCGCAAUUUCCGCGGAUAAUGAGGCGUUGGUCAGGCGGAUCCAAGCUUUACAGUCAUGCAAGGAAUUGCUGUUAGCUGAGAUUCGAAACAAGGAGCAUUUAUUGCAUGUGCUGAAUCAGAAGAGUGCACAUUAUGCGGAUCAGAUCAAUUGUCUUAAUGUAAAUAUCCAGGCGUGUAUUGAUAACGUUCCGAGUUAUAUUCGCUUCUCACUCUCGCCCCCAGGUUCACCUCGAAGAAGAAGCAGGAACCUUUGUGAACAGGAAAUUGUACGCGCUCGACUGGAAAUACUGCAACAGGAAUAUAAGCUUAUCGAGGACGACCUGGAGGAAAUUAGAUUAUUGAACGAGUCAUCAGCGCUUAGUCCACUCUUUCAGCUUGAGCGUGCCACCAGUCUAAACUUUUUUCAGACAACGCGAUCUCGCGAUGAAAGGUGUAACUUAGAGAGUGACUUAGAUAUUGCAAACGCUUCUUAUCUCUUGAGGAUGAAGGCACGAGGUGGCGUCAAAGAGCUUUUGAGAUUCCCAUCGACCGAAGACGAAAUCGCGUCACCAUCAAAUCAUUUCUCUGAGCGAAAAGUGUCACUAUUGAGUUCACGAUCGAACAUUUCGCAAAACGAGAUGCUUGUGGAGGUCAAAGCCGAUUCCAUCGACGACUUGACACAAGGACCUGUAAGUGGUAGUGCAUUAGAAUCUUGCAAAACCUGCACAGAGUCGCACCAGAUGAUUGUUACUGAACCAAAAUCUCCUCUUCAAACUUCGGACAUUUUUAUACUUGAGCAUCCAAAUGAUAAAAAUUUUGCAUUAACUCUCGAUGCAACUCUUGUCGACAAAGAAGGUUGCAAUACCUUUUUGGGGUACGCCCCGGCGAAAAUUAGCUAUGUUCGAAAGUAUUUUCUGGCCGAGGAUCGUGUCACGUCUUUCUUCCAGAGUAUAAAAAAUGAUGAGGAUAAGCUUGUGAUACCCACGCAUAGAACGAGUGCUCGGCGAAUCUUAGAUGCAGCUCAACGCUUGGCAUUCUUUGAGGCAAAUAGCAAGAUUGAUGUAGAUAGCAAGAUCGAACUGGAUAACCAAGGCAAUAGCAGAGGGUCGCUGAAAGUUCUGCUUCAUGCAGCGCGUGAUCUCCCCACUGUUCAUUUGAGAACGAAAACUUUGGAUCCGUAUGUGUGUCUGGAAAUCGUCUAUCCUCCUCAUGUAGUAUCUGCUGAUGUGAGCGCUAUGACGGACAGAGGGUUUCGUAGUCGAACGAAGAAAACGAGCAUUUUCCCCGUGUGGGACGAGGGCUUUGUGUUUGCUCCAAUCUUGUCUCUUGAUGGUUACCUUUACGUCCGCGUCCUGAACAACCGAAGGCUAAAUCACGAACAACUUGUUGGUGAAGUUCGCAUUCCGCUGCAUACCUUAUUGCAUCAAAAACGCAUUGUCGAAUGGUAUUCAUUAAGCCUCAAUACCCCUCUUGCCUCAGUCUUGCCCGCAAAGGCAUCGCCAAAGCUCUGCGGUGGCUCUAUAAAGCUUCAACUCCAAUUAUAUUUUUCAAGCGUAGAGAGAUACAAACAUAUUGUGGAUGCAUUGGUGGUACAAUACGUCCAAGAGUUCAACCGGUUGCCGGCGUUUAUCGAUGCCAAAGAGUGCGAGAAGGAAGUCGAAAAAGCGAUUGUUGAAAAACCAGAGAAUGAAGAAACCGAGUCGACUUCGAUAGAAAAUGCAGGCCGUCAACGGCUGCGCAUGGAAUUUAUAUCCCAAUGCCUUGCUGAGAAUGUUGCGACAUCAGCACCGUGGCAUAAAUCUUUAUCUACACAAAUUGCUGUCUGUACUUCUUUUUCGACACGAAGGGAUUUUGCCGAAGAUGUCAAUAUCGCCCUCGAAGAACCUAUUGAGCUAGUUAACCAGCCAGCAUUGCCAGAUCACGAUUAUUUAGUGACCAACGAUAUUCAAAAGUCAUCUUGUAGAUUCUUCAAGACUGUAUUGGAACGAAGAAUGCAACCAUUUGCGUCAAGGGUAAAAAUGCCUGUUGGCACUUGCCACAAUCAUUCACCAACGGCGCACUCGGCGAGCUUUAUAGAUACCGCCACACAGCAGCAUCACACUUUGUCACGAAGACGCAUUUUUGAGGAGCCCGAGUGUUUUGAUGAAUACAGCCUAUAUCAUCCAGCCUCUAAAAACAUGAGUUAUGAAAAAUACAGCAGUAAGCGUGGGGUAAUGCAGACAAGUCGCAUCAUAGCACAAAAGCCGAAAGAGACCCGCAAUACCAACUUGAGCAUUUUUAAAAGUCCGAAUCUGACUCGACGUUCACCCAGCUCAUGUUUGCCCGAAAGAUACAUUGGUCUAGAUAAUCAAGCCUGUGAGCGGCUCAAGCGAAUGUUUGAUCGAAUGGAUCGAGAGUUUGGCUCAAAACAUGUCAAAUCAGGAGAACAAGUCAUGAGUCUACUGCGACCGGAAACGGUGCAGAUCGUGGCGCAGAGUCUUGGUCUAGACAACAUAGGCGACGACUCUAUUCGCGAGCUGCUUCCGGAGGUAGAGCUGCGUGUGCGAGAAGUUGUACAGGACGCUCUUAAAUUUCAGCGGCACUCACGGCGGCCGCAAUUGGAUUCAGUGCACAUCAACCAGGCACUGCAGGCUCGAAACUUGGAGAGUCUGUAUGGCUUUUCGGCGCCAGGAAAUGUCAAAUACAAACCCUGCGAUGAAAACGAGACGCUCUAUUUUGCCGAGGAAGAGGAGCUGGAGUUGAGCGAGCUGCUUAACGCUCCAUUGGGCCAACUUCCAUUGCAUCAUGUCCUUAACGUCCAUUGGCUGGCAGUUGACGGCGUACAGCCUUUAAUCCCCGAAAAUGAGUCAGCGGAGGAUGACUCGACGUGCCACACGUCAAUUAAAGACGAGGCUUUUGUCUACAACGUGGACAGGAAGCCGAGAGUCAAACACGCAUUGACGGAGGAGAUGCAACUUUACUAUACAAAAGUGACGGAAGCGGUUAAAAGUGAUGACUUUGAGCUGCAACGGGCAGCCCUAACAAGUCUCGCGCAGGAUCCAGGUAUUCAUCAGCUGCUGCCCUACUUUUCGCGCUUUAUUUAUGAGGAAGUCAAACAUAGUAAUCAUGACUUGUCGCUGCUCUUUUCUCUCAUGCGGGCAUGUCGCUGUCUACUCGUCAACCAGAGCUUGCAUGUGGAGCUCUAUUUACACCAAUUAAUUCCAGCCAUAUUGACAUGUGUGCUCGGGACGCAAUUAUGUGAAAAUCCUGCAGACGAUCACUGGGCAUUGCGAAUAUACGCAGCCAAGUUGGUCGCUCAAAUCUGUGAGUGCUAUGGCGAAAAGUAUGCCAAUAUUCAAUCGCGCGUGUCCAAGACGUACCACAAGGCAAUAACCAAUCCUAUAUGCCCGUUUUCAACGCAGUACGGGGCUCUUAACGGGAUGCUUUUUUUGGGCCCACUUGCGAUGGAAAGUUUACUUUUCCCCAAUCUAGAGAGAUACUACCGGCGAUUGGAACCAGCGCUGUUGUCGUCAAAUCCCAACCUUGUUGAAAGACUCGAAGCGCAGAACUGCCUUGGAAUCCUUGUGCAUGCAUCUGGGACAUAUUUUUCGAAGUCAGCGGGACAUAGUGCGUCACAAUCAUUGCCCCCUUAUGCUAUUGUUGAUAGAACUUCUUUGCUAUUUGACGCGUUUGGCGAGAGUCUCCUUCCAUACCUUCGUCCACAACAACCAACGAAUAAAUUGUGA